CUUUCAACAGGUUUGUUUAUUUUUCUCAGCGAAAUCAGAACAAUUUUUAAACGUUUUCUAAAUGAGUUAAGUUAUUUAUUGGCAAAAUAAACCAUGAGUGAUAAACCGUCCUCUUCUAAAUCGCACAAAGAUGUUUCAGAGCAAUCACUGCCACCAGAAUUGGAUAUAACCAGCGAUGAAUUCGAUCCAUUCCAAGCUCUCUAUGCAAAUACUGAUAUCAAGUUAACAAACAGGAAAGCACAGAUUAUUUACCAAAACUUUGCUGCUUUGGAGAUAGAAUACACCAAAAAAGGUCUAUAUGGUUUGUCUUUAAAGCCAAAAGAUAACACAAAAGAGCCCAGUAAGAAUGUUGCUCCAACGGCAACGGAGCCACAGCCUUCUACUAGUGGCAGACGUUUCUUGCCACAUCAAAUGGCAAUUAAAUCUAGUGGACCAAGAAAGAAGAACACAAGAAGUCUGACCAGGCUAAUCGAAACCAUGGAGGGACCAUUGGCUGCUUUACGCGACUGUAUGCGUGAUGGGCGUCAAAUAAAAAUCCACACACGAUCAGAGCACGGAGUCCGGGGUACAAUUACAGGCUUUAUAAUAAGCUUCGACAAACAUUGGAAUAUUUUACUGAGAGAUGUUCAUGAAACUUGGAAGAGAAGGAAGUACAAGUAUGAUGAGAAUAAGUUUUGUGGAACACCCUCGGAUUGCAGUGAACGACUUAGGCGCUUAGGAAUAACAUUGCCUGUGGCUAGUGUCAAAAGUUUAAACAGAAAGAAUGUUGAAUUGAGCCGGAGUAUUCCGAACCUUUUUAUUCGGGGAGAUGAGAUUGUUGUUGUUAUUGUUGGGAAAGUGGAAGGAAAGAAAUCUGAGAUUCAAAGUAUUGAAUAGUUUGGAAUGAGUACAAUAGUCUGGGCGGCAAAAGUUGAUAAUAGUAUUUUUCUCUAUGGCAAGGGAGAUCCUUUGCUCUCUAGCACUAUAUUUAUGUAAAAAGGAUUACAUAAACACAAAAACAAAAUUACAUUUAUGUAAAAAAAAGUAUUUUUGAUGUUUCUAUAUUUUUGAAUUAUAUUAUAUGCUAAAAGACAUAGAUCCAUUUAGUGUUUGGUCCAAGUGUUUAUAUUGCAAAAUAUGCUUGUUUUUGACCCCCUAACGAAAUAACGAUAUCCAUUUUUGGCACCCAAGUUAUCGUACUCUUGCCAAUAGAUUUUGUUAAAUUUUAAUAAAUUUA